AUGACUCUUCGAAAAUCGAAGAAACACAAAUAUGUCUCUAUUGGACUCUUCUUUGUUUCCCUUGUCUUUAAAACCAGUGAUUCCAUAUUUCUGAGAUUAAAUAACUAUUUAUUUAAAAUUCUUAUUGUGGGAGACUCAGGAGUAGGGAAAUCAGCACUUCUUAAACAAUUCACACAAAGUUUUAAAAACGUGAUUCGAACGUGGAUUGAAGAAAUAAAAUCUGCAUCCGUCAAACCUGCAAAUUGUGUUUUGGUUGGCAAUAAAUGCGAUUUGGAGGGGAACGAAAGGGUUGUGCCCCGUGAGGAAGGAGAACUCUUUGCAAAAGCUCACAAUAUGAUUUACAUUGAAACAUCAGCUAAAAGUGGGGAGAACGUUGAAGAUCUCUUCCACCAAUCGGCCAAAGAAAUAAAAAAUGAUUUCGAUCGUGGAAUUCCUCUAACUUCAAAACCACAAGUCAAUAUUAUUAAAUCUCAUCCAACUGGAAAGCCUCUUUUAAAAACAUGUUGCAAUUAA